UGCAUUUCUGAGAACGGGACGCUGCCAGAUUUCUUUGGUCAGAAUUGGCAACGUUGGUUAGAUUUAGCUUUUUGGACGCCAUUCGCGCUAAGCAGUAAACAUAAAAAAGAUCCCGGCUUUUCAUUCAAAGUGAAACGUCUUACCAUUUUAUUAACAGAAUCAAAAUGAGCUUUCGGCGUGGACGUGGUGUCGGUAAUGGAAGAUUUGCUGGUGGACGAGACAUGGAUAGUGGACGAGGAAGAGGUGGUGGCAGAGACAGUGGUCCACCAAGAGGACCGGACAGGCUUUCAAAUCACACUUCAGAUGCAUCAAUGGCCAGCGCCCGUAUUUUUGUGGGAAACCUACCCACCAAUGACCCUAGACUCACCAAGGAGUUGCUUGAAGAAAACUUCAGUCAAUUUGGGCACAUAAUGGGCAUAUCCAUUCUGAAAGGCUUUGGAUUCAUCCAAUACGCUGAUGAAAUCAGUGCAGAGAAUGCCAUUAGGGGAGCUCAGAACAUGGAAAUCCUUGCUCACCGAAUGGAUGUGAAAAAUGUGAAAUCUGGGAAAGAUGGACUUCCAAUGCCUGGCAAUGCUGGGGUUGGUGGAGGAGGAGGUGGAAGUGUUGGUGGAGGCCCCGAUCCCGGCAAUUAUCGAGAUCGUUCACCAAUCAGACGAAGAGAAUUUGAUAUGCCUAUGCGUGGAAGGGAACCAGAUAUGCCUCCCAGAGGACGAGAUCCCGAAAUGCUUAUGCGCGGAGGUCCUCCUCACCGUGAUUUGGAUCGCCCAUCUCGCGACUUUGACGGGAGAGAACAACGUGAUUGGGGCAGAGACCAGAUGGACAUGAUGGAUCCCUACCAUGGAGACCCCUACGGCAUGGAACGUGAGCGAGAUAUGCAUCCCAGAGACUCGUUUAUUCCUCCGCUAGGAGACCACCGAGGAAAUUUCGGUGGCGGUGGCCCAGGUCCGAAACCGAGCGGAAUGAACAUGGCCAAUGAAGUCGAAAUUGUCGUCACUGCUAAAACGGGCCCACUGAGACAGUAUGCCGAACGCAUCGAGAGCCGCAUCCGAGCUCAAGGAUUAGCCGUCGACGUUCUCUUUCCUCACGAGGAUAUUCCCAUCCGGCAGGUGCUAGCCGACUUGUCUUCACGAGGCACACUCUACGGCAUCGUCUUAUCUCCCAUCAACCCGGAGCACGGCAGCAUCACGCUCAACAUCCUAUUCGGCCAGCCGGAAGAGCACCGGAAUAUUCCGGUGGAGGAUGCUUUCGCACUGUUGUCGUCGUCCUUGCAGCGCUAUCAACAGCAACAGGGUGGUGGUGGAGGAGGCCGUGGUGGUCUCGGCGGAGUGGAACAGCGCGGAGGUUUGAUGGACUCGGUGGCCUCCGAUUCCCGAGGCAGAGGCGGAAUGCAGAUGCAGGCCGGACUAGAGCCCCACCAUGCCAACAUGCAAACGCUCAUCAAUUUGUUGCAGGAGAAUCGACCGUUGACCAUCGUGGAAUACGAUCGUCUCAUCCGCUAUUUGAGCGACAGACGCGACCGACAGAUGGCCGAAGAGGCCCGCGGUGGCGGCGGUGGUCUGGCCGGCAGCCAACCGGCUUAUCUCCUUGGCGGAUACUCUUCCGGUGGAGCUGCGCAGGGCGGUGGCGGACAAGACAAUCCGAUGGAGUUGCAACAGAGGAUACUUAGCAUUUUGAAUUCGAGCGCGGGUGGGGUCGGGGCUGGCAUUGUGGGCGCCGGUCCAGUUCCUGCCCCCGUUCCGGCUCCGCACCUCAACUCGUCGGCACUGAACGCGUCGUGGAACGCGGGCGGUGACGUCAGCUCGUCCGGACAGCAGCAACAGCGAUCCGGCAACGAUAUUUCUGCUGGUCAUCCUGACGGACAGAAAGGCGGCGGUGGUGGUGGCGGUGGUGGCCUGGCCGACGGCCUUUUACCCACCGGCCCUAACAUGUUGAAGCAUUACAACCAAUCUGGACCGGGAGGCGCCAGACAACAACAGCAAGACUCUUCUCACCGGCCCAUGCAGUCACAACAACAGCCGGGCGGUUAUUAUGGCAUGGGCAAACGCUUUUAGAAAGGGGGGAAAAUUCAAAAACGAAACUAAAAACAUUCAAACAAAACAAACACACCAACAAAUGACGAUGAGAGAGAAGGGGGGAUGGAAACGAUCUAUAAAAAACACUCACACAACAACCUAGAAACAAGUAAAAAAAAAGAAAAAAAAAGGAGCUAUUUAAAACGGAAUUCAGAGCAAGACAAAUAUUUAAAUUUAGUCUUUUUUUGUGCAUUUUUUUUUCUUUGUUUUUAAAUGCCCGGAAAUUCUUCAAAAUGACAACCAAAGGAAGACAUUAGGUCGAUGUUUUUUUUUUGUAAUCGAUUUUUUGCUUCUUUUUUUCUCUCUCUCUUCAUUUCUUUCAUCCGUCAUGAUCAUAUGCGGUAGGAUCGAAUUCGCCGAUUUACCCCAAACUUUUUUUUUCUUUUCGUCUUGUCAUCGUCGUUUUUUUUUUUCUUUUCUCUCUCUCCUGAUUUGAAAUCGGGAUUUUUUUGCCCCCCCUCCCUGUGGUGUCAAGUAACAAAAAAAUUUUGAUUAUUUUUUUUUUCAUCACCCAAUUAUAUAUCAACAAGGAGCCACACGCAUUCAGAGCCAGCCGAAUAAGUUAGAGGUCCCUUUCCCCCUGAGCCCCCCCCCCUUUCAUGCUGAUUUUUUCUUUGCCCCUCAUCUCAAACAUAAAAAAAAAAAUUUUUGAUUAUCCAUUAUUUUCGUGUUUUUGAUCACCUUUUCGUUUUUUUUUUUUAAAUCGACAUAAAACUGUGCACGUCGUGCGUCUUUUUUUUUCAAA